UACCCAUUACCAGGAAACCCAAGAAGGGUAUAAAGCUGACGCAACUCCGCAAACGUAUCAAACAGGAAAAUAAACUCUGUAACGGUACCAAACUGCUUGGUGACAAUCCUGAGGAUUACCUGAAAAUUACCACUUCAGAGGAAAAAUGGGCUUUGUUCUUUUACUCGCUCUGAUCCCAGCAGUCAUCUGCUCACCGUCGCUUCUUCCAGUCGACUGCACUGACUUGUACAACAGAGGUUUUGGUCACAGUGGUGUGUACACCAUCUACGCAGCAGGACCAGUGUCGCCUGUCCAGGUCUACUGUGACACGGGCAGUGCCGAUGAUCCUGAUAGUGGUAAAUGGACUGUGAUUCAGAGAAGAAAAGACGGCACUGUGAACUUUUAUCGUGGAUGGGACCAGUACAGAACUGGAUUUGGACAAGCAUCAGGAGAAUACUGGCUGGGUCUGGAGAACAUCCAUGUCCUUACUCAGAGGAAGAGCUAUGAACUGAAGAUAGAUAUGGAGGACUUUGAGGGCAACAAGGCCCACGUCCAAUAUUCCUCCUUCUCUGUGGGUCCAGAGGAAGACGGCUACAAGCUUGAAAUCAGUGGCUUCAAAGACGGAGGAGCUGGAGCUUCAUUCACUGGCCAUAAUGGUCUGAAGUUUUCUACAUUUGACAAAGACCAGGACACUCAUUCGAAUAACUGUGCUAAGUCCUACCUGGGAGGAUGGUGGUACGGAGAAUGUCACGCCGCUAACCCAAACGGCGCUUACUUAUGGGGCAGCUCAACCUUUGGAAUGGGAAUCAACUGGCAUUCUUGGAAAGGAUACGAAUAUUCCCUUAAAUCAAUCACAAUGAAGAUACGACCCAAACAGUGACGUGCAAACAAAACCCUUGUGUGAAGAAUAAAGGUUUCAUACGUAAAGCA